AUGAACCCCAGACAACUCUACUUAUUCCUGUACAAUUCUGUGCAGUUUGUUGGCUGGGGAGUUGUUCUUUCAAAAACUUUGUUCGGCUUAACUAAACAACUCUCAUGGCCUCGGUUGUACAAAUCCGUUCAAAUUGAGGUACAACUGUUCCAGACUCUUGCCAUCCUAGAGGUGAUCCAUGCUAUGCUUGGCCUUGUUCGUUCGCCGGUUGGAACAACCCUUAUGCAGGUUUUUAGCCGUGUGACAUUGGUUUGGCCGAUUCUUCAUGUCUGUGCCAGUGCUAGAUCCAGCGUUGGGGUUCCAAUGCUGCUGGUUGCUUGGUCAUUUACUGAGGUUGUGAGGUAUUCGUUCUACGCUCUUGGACUCUUCAAUGCAGUUCCGUAUUUUCUUACUUGGAUGAGGUACACAUUCUUCAUAGUCCUCUAUCCACUUGGAGUUACUGGCGAGCUUUUGACUCUGAUCGGUAGUUUUCCUGAAGUGGAAGAAAAGAAGUACUUCUCAUUGGAAAUGCCUAAUCCAUUAAACAUAGGCAUUUCGUUUUACUGGAUAUUGGUUGGAUGCGCUCUAUUUUACAUUCCGGGUUUUCCUCAACUCUACUUGUAUAUGUUUACUCAGCGGAAAAAGGUGCUAAAAACAAAUACAGAGAAGAAAAGACAGUAG